CGGUUGACGACCGCCGGCCCGCCGCAGACGCCACUCGCGCCACACUCGGCCGCGGACCUCUGCCGCGACAUCAUGUUGGACGCGGUGCGGACGUGUUUAGCGUGCACGUCACGGAAAAAACGAAACACGGAGUCCGACUAAAAUGUUCGGGUUGUCGCAUCAUCGUACACUCGGAAUGUCUGGGUAAUUUACCGGAAGCGGCAAAGUGCAAGUCGAGUUUCAAGGACGACGGUGUGCGACAGUAUAGAGAACACAAAACGGUCAAACACCAUUGGAUGCAUAGAAGGACGCAAAAGGACAAGUGCUCGCAAUGCGGAAAGGCAUUCCAGUCGGUGCUGUCGUUCAGUUCCAAGGAGAUCAUAGCGCUCACGUGCUCUUGGUGCAAAAUAAGUGUCCACAACAAGACCGCGUGUUUCAACGACACGAAGAUGAACGAACCCUGUUCUUUAGGUAAACAUAGUAAUAUAAUUGUGCCRCCAUCGUGGAUCGUUAAGUUGCCGCGGAAGGGCAACUUCAAGUCCAGCAUUAGAUCGCCGAAAAAACGAUCGUCCAAGAAGAAAACGAAAGAUAAGCCGGACAAAGAAGACAAGCUGUUCGUUAUCAAACCGAUMCCGACGGUAAACGUCAAGCCUGUGAUAAUAUUUAUAAACCCAAAGUCUGGCGGCAACCAGGGUGUUAAGCUGCUGCAGAAAUUUCAGUGGCAUCUAAAUCCCAGGCAGGUGUUUGACCUCAGCAGGGGUGGUCCUAGGAUGGGCCUGGAACUGUACAAAAAGGUUCCAAACCUCCGGGUGUUGGCAUGUGGUGGAGACGGCACCGUCGGGUGGGUGCUGUCGAUCUUGGACCAAAUAGCCAACGCCGUGUCGUUUCCAGUGGGUGUGUUGCCGUUGGGUACGGGCAAUGACCUGGCCAGAGCUCUUGGUUGGGGUGGCGGUUACAUGGAUGAGCCAGUGUCGAAAAUAUUGACAAACUUGGAAGAAAGUGAAACGAUCCUGUUGGAUCGCUGGAACUUGGAGGUGGUACCCAACGAACAGGUUAAAGGGACGGACCACGCGGGGAAAGACAAUUUGCCAUUAAACGUGAUGAAUAAUUACUUCUCGUUGGGCGUAGACGCUCAGAUUGCACUUGAAUUCCACGAAGCCAGAGAGGCAAAUCCGGAGAAGUUCAGCUCACGGAUGUACAACAAAUUGUUUUACGGUGUCCGGGGUGGUAUCGAGCUGCUGGACCGGAAGUGGAAAGGCUUGUCGGAUCACAUGACGCUGGAGUGUGACGGCAAAGAUCUGACACAGCGAAUCAAAGACUUGAAAGUGCAUGCCAUAUUGUUUUUAAACAUACCCAGCUAUGGGGGUGGCACACGACCGUGGAACAAGUCAGCUGGCAACAACUCUACCGACGACGGGCUCAUUGAAGUCAUCGGCUUAACGAUCAUGCAAAUAACGAGAUUGCAAACUGGAGGGACAGGAACACCGUUAUGCCAAUGUAAAACCGCUCGCAUAACCACCAGCAUAUCGGUCCCCAUGCAAGUAGACGGCGAAGCUUGCCGUUUAAAACCAUCGGUGAUCACGCUGGGAUUUUUCAACCAGGCAACAAUGAUGGCGAAACGGCGGAAAGGCAGACAGACACCUACCCGCGAGACAACUAUAGAAAAACACAAAGUGUCUGUCCAAAGACUGAGGCUUCAAGAUUACGAACAACACCACUGUGACAAAGAGUAUGAGUGUUCAGAAGGGCGUUUAAAAUGUAUAGAUACAAUUCGAGCAUAA